AUGACCAAAUUCAUUUUGUCUUCAAUUCUGCUAGUUGCCUUGGCAUCUUCUGAAGUCUCCGGACAGUUCACUGACUCAUGCACUUCUGACGUUUACGCAAAGAUUAAGCAAUGCUAUGUGACCUAUAUGGCUGGCUACAACCUCACUAUGACCGAUACUAUUCCGGAAUACUGGGCCUUCCAUUUUGCGAGAAGAGAUCUUUUGGACGCUGAUGGUCUUCAUAUUCAACCAUACGUUUGCCAACUCGGAAACUCUCUCAGCGACUGCUUGGCUCCAUACUCUUGCAUGGGACCGAAUGCCUACAUGAACAUGAACGCUGCCAACACCACCGAAGCCACCGACUACUGGAUCGACUUGGCUGUCACUCAAUAUCAAUGUGGCGCCGGAUAUAAUUGUAAGUAUUAUGCUUUAACCAUGACCGAAUUCUACUGCAUGGCUUUCUGCCGUGAUCGCUAUCAACCAAAUAUCGAUCAGUGCGAUGCCCAAGCCGUCAUCGAUAUUGGAAACGGAAUGGAUCCAUGCGCGGCUCAACAAAAAGACUUCAACUGCCAAGCCGCUAUCUAUCGUAACUGCUGUGACUUCAACGCUGGUGUCUACAUCUGCAACGUGGAUUUGGCAGGCUCCAAGGCUGUUAACCCAGCAUGCGUUAAUGCCGGAUUAGUGACAUGUCCAGCGCCGAGAUAA